GGCUCCUCUCCCUGAUCACUCGGUCUGGGGACGCCGCAGAGGCAGGAGCGCAGCAGACGACACCGAGCGAGCCGCGGCGGUCACCACGAGAGGCGGCACGGGGUCGGAGCCGGCUCCUGCACAGAGGGAACACUCCAGCGGCGGACCUCUCAGGACACUCCAGCACACUGCCAUGCUGUCUCGUCUGCUGCUGACCUGUUUUGCCUGCUGGACAGCCUGGCCAGCUGUAUCGGGACAACCGCCCGAGGUGGUGCUGCUGGACCCGAAGGACCUCGGCUACCUACCGCCAGUCACCAAGACUGCCGCUUCCUCAGCAGUCGACACCCGGUGCGGGGUGAACGUACCCAGCGCGGAGCCCACCAAGGAGGCCGUCCACCUCGGAGAGUACCCGUGGAUGGCGAGGCUCGGUUACACCAGACGCUCUAAGAAGUCGAAGCGCGUGGUGUACAGCUGCGGCGGCACCCUGAUCACGGAGCGGUACGUGCUGACGGCAGCCCACUGUGUCAGCCGGCUGCCCAAGGACCUGGCCAUGACGGCAGUCCGACUCGGGGAGCACAACAUCACAACGGAGAGGGACUGUCUGGAGACGCCCUCUGGCGAGGUGUGCUCUGACGAGGUGCAGGACUUUGGCGUGGAGGAGGUGAUCCCGCACCCGGAGCACCACAGGCCGCGGCAGUACCACAACGACAUCGCCCUGGUGCGGCUCGACAGACCCGUGGAGCGGUCAGAGUUCGUGCGGCCCAUCUGUCUUCCGUUCGACCCGUCCGUGCGCAGAAACAUCACCGGCAAGACGGUGACACUCGCCGGAUUCGGAUCCAUCGGCGUACCCAAUGACGCCCUUCGAGAGCUGCACGUGCCCGUGGUGGACAGCCAGAAGUGCGUCAAAGCGUUCCAGCGUUUCCGCACGGCGAUUGGUCCGCACCAGCUGUGCGCCGGAGGGCAGAAGGGUCGCGGCGCAUGCGCAGGGGACGCCGGCGGCCCUCUGAUGGCGGCUGCUGUGCCCGGCCAGCCGAGGGUGCUCGUCGGAGUGGUGUCGUUCGGUCCGGCUACGUGCGGGACGCAGAACGUACCGGACGUGUACACACGCGUGGCCGACUACAAGGACUGGAUUGUCGAAAAUAUGAAAAACUGAGAGUUUGGGGUCUACUGUGAGGGACCGGGGGCGCUGGGCGCUGGGACCGGUCGUGAAUAAAAAUAGAUAUCAUAUUACAAUAUAUAUAUAUAUAUAUAAGUGGUAAUCCGUGGAGGAAAGACAAACUCAUUUUGUGAGUUCACGUGGCGGGCCACCACUAGCGAUGCCGCCUGUGGCGAUAAGAUGUGCCGUGUUGUGUUUGUUUGCCGACUCCUUUGAGAGUCCGA